AACAAUUUCCUGUCAGCUGUCAUUCGCACGACAGCUGCAAUAUGUUUCAUUUUUCGUGAUACUGAUAUUUAUUUAAAGAAACUAAAUUUCGUAAUUAUUAUAUCCUUAAAGUAAUGUAUUUCACAAAAUGUCUGAAGAAGAAACUGUUGAUAUAGAUCAAGAACUCGACGAUCUCUUGACUAAAGUUCAACCGAACUUACAAGAUGUUAUUAAAAGGAGUUUUACGAACGUGGCCUUGCAGCAGACGAAAAAUGGUGAACAAAUUAAAGCAGACUCUCUGGGGGACACGUCUUACUUCGCCAAAAAUACACAAGUUAACCUCUCAAAAUUGGAGCUUGUGAAACCUCCGACAUUCCACAUGCAAGUAAUAUCGCUGGACCUCAAGUCCAUGAGUCUUGCGUUACGAUGUUCUCUAGGAGAAGUCAAUGUUAAAGGACUGUACAGUGCAUUUAAUGAAAACCUCUAUAAUCUCAUACCUGUUUUAGCGGAAGGACAUGUUUUAAUAUCAUUAUCAAACAUGAUCGCAGAUGUGAAGGUCGGUCUGGUACUGGAAGAUGAUGCAUUCUCAUUCAUAAACCCUGGGAUUGAGUUCAUACAUGAUGAAGUACUUGUUAAGCUAUCAUGGCCCUCUCCUCAGAAGAAUGGUGGAUACGAAUUUGCUACAACGGAACAGUUGGCAAAACAUAUAGAUGAUCUUCCCCUAACCGCGGCGGUAUCUUUGCCCCUAUACGCACUAUUGCGUGAGAAGCUACAGCGCCAUCUAGCGCUCGUACUGCGGCAAGCGACCAGUGUGUCAGAAGUCAUGUGCUGCAAUCCUUCGUUGAUGGAAGCUUACAGCGGUAUGAUUGACACGUUAGCCCAGAACGGCAACAAAGUGGUGGACAUGAUCCUGAUCAACAUGCGCCGCACGCUGCUGCAGAACUGCCGCGAGGUUCUACAGCUGCCACCGCUACACGCCACCUUCAUACACAAGAUAGGGUCGUUAUCGUUCAUAGGCAAGUUCGAGACGGAUACGGGAUGGGUGAAGAACCUGGCGACUAUCAACAGGAUCAGUGAUGUCAGCGUGACCCGGCCAGACCCCAUGAAGACCAGCUUUCAAGUUACCUUGAGGAUAAAGGAUUUACAAAUCGGCUAUGACGAGUACCGUAUCCGCGCGAUGGGCGUGUCGUGCGGCGGUCGCGCGGCGGCCUCGCUGCAGCGACACGCGCUGCACGUGGCGCUCAGCGUCGGCCUCACGCGCUGGGAGCCCUACGCGCAGCUCGACCAUCUGCGCGUGCAGCAGCUAGACUGCUCGGACCUGCACGUGACGGGGCUGGGCCCGCUGAGCGGCGCGGCGGGGCUGGUGUCGGCGUGGCUGCGCGGCGCGGGCUGCGCGCUGGCGGCGCCCGCGCUGGCCGCGCAGCUGCAGCGGGACCUGCACGCCGCGCUCGCGGACCUGCCGCUCUGGGACCUGCUGCACGCCAAGCACUGACCCCACACGCCCGGCGGUAUCACACGCUGCACUAUCUGAACGACAAUAGGGAUGAUGACGUCUUGCAGUUUAUUGUAUAAUAAUGGAUACCCCGCAAACAUAAAUUAACGAAAUGAAAUUUACGCGUGACGUCACGAUUGAGUAUAAAUUUUAACAUAUUAUUAUCGUUACGCCACAAGCUCGCAAACUGAAAAGCAGUUAAUCUUUUCCCAUUUUAGUUUAUCUGAAAAAGGAAAAAUAUUUGUCCAAUCAUCACCCCUAUUAUUAUUUUGGCAUUUCGUAAAUUUUAACUUUGUUCCGUUCAACGGUACGGAUCUCCGUAGAUGAUUUUGCUUCAGAUGAAAGGAAGUAUCAGCAACUAAAACUCAAAUAAAUUAUAGCAAUAUUUUUCUAUCUCAUACAUUGAAAACUUUACAUAAGAUUUUCUGUCUAUAAAAUACCAUAAAGCAAUCGCAAUUAAGCAAUACUGUGUGCUAGGUGCUAAAAGAUAAUCUUUUGAUUAGAACAUUACAGGUAAAAUUUAUUAACUUAGCUCCCCACGGUAUCACACACUGCCUUCCGACGUCUGCAUUUUGUUUCUCGAUAUUAAAAGACUUAAAUGUUACCACGCUGUAGCUAGUAAAUGCUGUACAUUAUUUUAUGGAAAUAACGUGUAAAACGAACGUGAAAUCACAUGGGUUUAUUUCUGUAUAAAAAUCCUUUUCUUUGCUGAUUAGGUGAAUAUUCGACAUUCGCUUAAUUAUAUGAUUCAUGCGAAUGUUUGAAGAAACGCAAACGACCCAGAUUGCUGUUCUUAAAGUCAGAGUGAACAGCGAACUGUUUGAAAUUUAGACAAAACCUUUAUAUUUAUUUACUGACUUAUUAACACUUUAUCAGCACUUAUUUCCGUUUUUUCCUUAAUUUACCUUCUCCCAUAUAUUUCUAUAUAAUUUGCUUUAAUGCUUAUUUUACAUAUUAAUCUCAAAAUAACGUUUAAAGUUAUGGAACUAGCCUUGAAGGAGUAGUCAUAAAGUGUUGUGUGUACGUUGUGUUAUGGUACUAUAAUUACGAAUUAAAGUAUACAUAAGUAGUAUCAAUACUGGUGUUGUAUUUAAAUAAGUUUUUUUUUCUAAAUUAUCACCUUCAGGUGUCCUUAUACCAUUUGGACUGCGAUUCACAUUAAGAAAGUAUUUGAUUGAUGAAGAAUUCAGUAGUUUCUGGUUGUUAUAACACCAAACGCCGUCCGUUUCACCAAAAGCAAUAUAAUAAACUCUAAGAUUGUGUAUCGACUGAUUUUAUUAUUGUAUGUAAUUUUCAAUGCUGCAAUUUUGUUAUUUUUUUCUUUAAUAAUGAUAUUUUUUAUUUCAUUUGCGAUAUUAAAUUAGUAAAAUUUUCGAUUCGAUUUAUUAAGUACACGAAGAGUAAGCAAUAAUAUUUUAUCUUUUUCUUAUUUUUUAUUUGGUUUUCAUUUGACUAUUGUAAAUAAAUGACAAUCAUUUGAUUUGUUAUAUUUUGAUGAACAUUUACUUAUUUGAGAAAUAUAUUUUGUACGUUUAAUUCUUACGAUAUUAAUUUGAUAUGGUUACUUUAAUUAAUGUGUGUAUAUGAGUUGUUUUAGAAAAUAUAUUGUUGUAUCUAUUAGAUUCGUCAUGGAUAAGAUAAAAAUAUAACAUGUAUAAAUUGACACAGGUAAAAAGAACUCGAACAGCGUCAGUGGAGGGUAAUAAUUAUUUUUUGAACGGCGUAUAGUAAUGACCAAUGAUAGCAUCAAAUGUCGUUUGGCGAACCAAUGACGUUAUAGUAAAAUUAAUUGACACCAAUGUUGUCAUAAACAGACGUACUACUCUUGUCAUUGUCCUUCUUUUGCUCAUGUACUAAGCAGAUAGGACGCCCAUAGUUCUUUUUACAUGCGUCAACUUGGAACUUUUAAAUUACUUGAAUCAUCUAAGUACAUGAUUGUAUAAUGUUUCGCUUUUGUAAGCAGAAACGUAUUGGUUGUGUUGAGUGUGCCUUCCGACAACAGAGACUGUUAUCAUUCGUAUUUAAACUAUACAAGUUGUUAAAUAAAAUGUUUCUAUAAAUUA